CGAUUACACUCAAAUUUUUCUUCUUCAUAGAUUUAAGACCCAUGAACAGGUCAGCAAGACAUACUAUAACUGAGUUUGUUCUCCUGGGAUUCCCUGGUUGCUGGAAGAUACAGAUUUUCCUCUUCUCGUUGUUUUUGGUGGUUUAUGUCUUGACCUUGCUGGGAAAUGGAGCCAUCAUCUGUGCAGUGAGAUGUGAUCCACAACUACACACCCCCAUGUACUUUCUACUGGGUAACUUUGCCUUCCUUGAGAUCUGGUAUGUUUCCUCCACUGUUCCUAACAUGCUGGCCAACAUUUUGUCCAAGACCAAGACCAUCUCAUUUUCGGGGUGCUUCCUCCAGUUCUAUUUCUUCUUUUCACUGGGCACAACUGAAUGUCUCUUUCUGGCAGUAAUGGCUUAUGAUCGGUACCUGGCCAUCUGCCGCCCACUACACUACCCCACCAUCAUGAAUGGGAGACUCAGUGGCAUGCUGGUGUCUUUCUGUUGGCUCAUUGGAUUCCUUGGCUACCCAAUCCCCAUUUUUUUCAUCUCCCAACUCCCCUUCUGUGGUCCUAAUAUAAUUGAUCACUUCCUGUGUGACAUGGACCCAUUGAUGGCUCUAUCCUGUGCCCCAGCUCCCAUUACUGAAUUUAUUUUCUAUGCCCAAAGCUCCGUUGUCCUCUUUUUCACUAUUUUGUACAUUCUUCGAUCAUAUACCCUGUUGCUCAGAGUUGUUUUUCAGGUCCCUUCUGCAGUUGGCCGGAGAAAGGCCUUCUCUACAUGUGGUUCUCAUUUGGUCGUGGUGUCUCUUUUCUAUGGAACAGUCAUGGUAAUGUAUGUCAGUCCUACAUAUGGCAUCUCAACUUUGAUGCAGAAGAUCAUCACACUGGUAUAUGCAGUAAUGACACCUCUCUUUAAUCCCCUGAUCUAUAGUCUUCGUAAUAAGGACAUGAAACUUGCCCUGGGAAACGUCCUGUUUGGAAUGAGAAUUAGUGAAAAUACAUGACCCAAAGAUGUGCCAUACUCUAAAGCUCCCAUGCAGAACUAGGU